GAAGAAGCAAGGAGUUAAGGAAAUACAGUUCCCGGCUGUCAUUCCACGCAACUCAGGCCAUCUACCGGCAAAGCGCACUGCGCACCCCAGCUUCUUUUAGUGUUAACCCCACGCUAAAUCUAAAGACCAAUAUCCGUGAGUCUGCGCAAAUCUAAUCCGUCUUCUCCAUCAGUCCCAAGUUAAAUCCGCCAUGAUUUCCACGCCUCGAAGCGUCUCGGGGGCGUCGCUCAGCCCUAGAUCUCCGUCGUCGCAGCCGUUCCUCUCGGUGUCGGUGACGGAUCCUGUCAAAUUAGGCAAUGGCGUACAGGCUUACAUAUCGUAUCGUGUUAUCACCAAGACAAAUUUCCUUGAAUACCAAGGGCCAGAGAAGAUUGUUAUCAGGCGCUACAGUGACUUUGUCUGGUUACGUGAUCGGCUUUUUGAGAAAUACAAAGGCAUCUUCAUUCCUCCGCUUCCAGAGAAGAGUGCUGUUGAGAAGUUUCGGUUCAGUGCUGAGUUUAUUGAGAUGAGACGUCAAGGCUUGAACACAUUUGUCAAUCGGAUUGCUUCUCAUCACGAGCUUCAGCAAAGUGAGGAUCUUAGAACCUUUUUGCAGGCAGAUGAAGAGACAAUGGAGAGGCUGCGAUCUUAUGAGACUGGUAUUUUCAAAAAGAAGCCAGCAGACUUGAUGCAAAUCUUCAAGGUGGGAAAAAAAGGAAAAAAUCCAACAUGAUAUUGAUGAUGUCAAUAGAAUGGCCUCUUAGUGUAGGAAUGCAGCGUUGAUGUCUCAUGAGGUGUCUAUGGACCUGGCUUAAUUCUUACCUACUGGAUAAAAUUGAAGGGAAGUCAUAAUGGGUGAUGCUGAUCUAUCAAAUUUUAUUUCCUUAGAUUGUAGUGAUGGAAAAAAUCAAAAAUUAAAAUCUGUCAUGAAUCUAUCUCGCUAACCAAGGUCGCUGGCUACUUAGCUACUUGUCACCUGCAGCACCUGGAGAAUUUUCAUGUUGCCUUGAUAUGUUGUUUGACAUCUUAAAUGUGAAUGAUUUUAUUCUAUCUAAGAUAGUUUCUAAGGCUUGAAUUGUAUGAUGUGGAUUCUAUUAGUAAAGUACAGUUACUGCAUGACCUACCAGCAACAGAGGAUAAAAAUGAUCUAAAUUUCACCAUGCAGUCUAUGGAUUUUCUUAUAUACAGUAUAUUUUCCUCAAUGUUGAGCGAUGUUGUUCUUGGAAAGGAAAAACCAGUAGAAGAAUCUAAUCCUGAAUAUGAGAAGCUUAAACACUACAUCUUUGAGCUUGAAAACCACUUGGCUGAAGCUCAGAAGCAUGCAUAUCGUCUUGUUAAGAGACACAGAGAGUUGGGACAAUCCCUUUCAGAUUUUGGGAAGGCUGCAAAACUUCUCAGUUCUUGUGAAGGAGAUGCUCUUGGAAAGGCAUUUUCAGAGCUUGGGGCUAAAUCUGAGACAUUAUCGAUUAGGCUGCAGAAAGAGUCCCAUCAACUCUUGAUGAAUUUUGAAGAACCUUUGAAGGAUUACGUUCAUGCAGUUCAGUCCAUCAAGGCCACAAUAGGAGAUAGAGCCAACGCAUUCAGGCAACAGUGCGAACUGGCUGAAACAAUGAAGUUGAAAGAGAUAAAUCUAGACAAACUCAUGCUAACACGAUCUGAAAAGGUGGGAGAGGCAGAGAUUGAGUACAAGGAGUUGAAGGCAGACAGUGAGGAGGCAACAAGAAGAUUUGAGAUAAUUGUACAACGUAUGAACGAAGAGAUUGUAAGAUUCCAGGAACAAAAAACACUAGACAUGGGAAUCGCCUUUCAUGAGUUUGCAAAAGGACAGGCACGACUUGCUAAUAGUAUCGCAGAUGCCUGGCGAAGUCUCCUACCCAAGCUUGAUGCUUGUUCCUCUGCUCAAUAAUAAAUCAGUGCCAAAAGCAGCAAAAUUCUCUCAUUUGCAGCGGCAGUUCUUGCAUCUUAAGAAUGGUAGGUAGAGGCAGGUUAGCUUGUGCUAGGUAAAAACUCCUAAUCCGCUGGAGCUCACACUGCUAUUACAAUGUUGUACGAGUCCAUGAUAUUUUUUCAUGUUUUUACUUCGGAUUAACAUGUACAAAUUUGAAGCCAGAGUGAAAAGUUGAGCAACUAAAAUAUCUUUCGUGUAUUUUAUAGUUUCAUCUUAAUAGCCGAAUUUACACC